UUCCCUCUUUGAUUUGAUCAUCCCACUUGUGUUUUUGAUCUUUCGUGUUUUGACGCAACUUCGUUCUCAGUUUUCUGUAAUAUAUAUAUAUAUAUAUAUAUUUUGGUUUCUUGAGGCUUUUAUAUAACUUCACUUUGUCGCUCCCUAUCUGAAUCUCUCAAUCUACCCUGUUUGUUCUCUAGCUCCUGGGAAAGUGUCGAUAUAAUCCAGGUUCUGACGAGUGACGAGUUAACUUUCACCCUGUAUUAAGUCCCAGUUUCCCCUGUUUUUAAGCUCUGACUCUUCUAUUCCUUCCUGAUCUGAUCGACGAAAUGGCCAAAAAAACAAUAGAAUUGCUUAAAGGCUGUGCAUCAGCAGAAGAGAUAAUGGAAGUUCUGACAUCGGUGGCUUUGCAAUUGGGAGACGUAACAGAUGAUAUGGAUGCUUUACAGAUUGUGCCUUUGAAGGGAGCCAUGACCAAUGAGGUCUUCCAGAUAAACUGGCCAACCAGAAAUGGUGAUUCCCUUAGAAAAGUUCUGGUUCGAUUGUAUGGUGAAGGUGUUGAAAUUUUCUUCAAUAGAGAAGAAGAAGUUCGGACAUUCGAGUGCGUCUCCCAGCACGGCCAUGGUCCCCGCCUUCUCGGCCGGUUCUCCACCGGUCGGGUCGAGGAGUUCAUCCAUGCUAGAACACUCUCAGCUGCUGACCUACGAGACCCGGAAAUAUCAGCUUUAAUAGCAUCUAAGAUGAGGGAGUUCCAUAAUCUUCAUAUGCCGGGUCCAAUGAAAGUUCAACUUUGGCAGAGGAUGAGGAACUGGCUCAGUCAGGCCAAACGUUUGUGUUCCUCAAAGGAUAUCAAGAAAUUUGGGUUGAAAUAUCUUGAUGAGGAACUAAAUGUCCUGGAGACAUCAUCUGAAAGGUGUCAAGAGAUCGGUUUCUGUCACAACGACCUACAAUAUGGUAACAUAAUGAUGGAUGAGGAAACCAGAUCAAUCACUAUAAUUGAUUAUGAAUAUGCAAGUUACAAUCCUAUUGCAUAUGACCUGGCAAAUCACUUUUGUGAAAUGGCAGCAAAUUACCACACUGACACGCCUCAUGUGCUGGACUACAGUAAAUAUCCAAAUUUGGAGGAGCGCAAAAGAUUUGUUCGCAGUUAUUUAAGUUCUGGAGGCAAGAAACCAAGUGAUGAAGAAGUGGAGCAAUUAGUGGAAGAUGUAGAAAAAUACACUCUUGCAAACCAUCUUUUUUGGGGCUUGUGGGGGCUUAUUUCGAGUUAUGUCAAUAAAAUUGACUUCGACUACAGAGAGUAUGCAAGUCAGAGGUUUAGGCAAUACUGGUUGAGGAAGCAUAUUCUGUUGGACACAACUCACUCCGCAACAUGUAUGGAUUUGUGAAUAGAGAAGUCUGCUUAUGUCUUUAAUACGUUAGUCAUUUUUAAGCUUAGCAUUGUAUUUGAUGAAUGAUAGAGGAACUGUAAAGGGCAUGAUUUUCAGUAUCUGUAUAUGAUACACGCUCACACACACACAUAUGUAUGUAUGUAUGUGUGUGUGUAUAUAUAUAUAUAUAUAAUCAGCAAUGAGUGAUGUUUUGUUUAGUUUUUA